GCCGGGGUGCCGAGAGCUUCUCCUUUUCCGUGCCGAACAGUCACGAUCUUUCUCUCUCCCUUCGCGUGUCGAAUGGCUUAAGACAGACAAUACUGCUGCGAAAAAAAAAUGAUCGGAAAGAAGGAGUCGCGCAGGUGUGUGUGACUCGAAAGAACAAGUGUUGCGUGCGUCAAAGAACUCCUCGGACGUGAUCAUGUCUCGCUGGAUCGCCUGUUUAAUCAUUCUUCUCGCGGCCUUCGUUCAAAGGCACGCAGGCUUGACGUCGCACUCGCUGCGUCAUCACGGGGCUCCUUACAGACCACUCGAGGAGGGCGAAUCGAAACCAGAGCUGGUCGUCAGACUGCACGAGGAAGUGGUCCUGGCGUGCGAUUCCAACGCCCAACUCACGUGGAAACACAACGGCAAGACUGUGCAGCGAAACUCGAUCUACCACUUGUCCUCGGACACCCUCCGAAUCUUCAGGGUGGGUCCUCAGGAGGAGGGACCCUGGCAGUGCGAAGAGCGCGACUCCAAGACGAAAGACCUGAUCGCCACCAGGGCUGUGUGGAUCGUCAUCAUGGAUGCACCGAAGGGGUCGUACCUGACCGCCGAGGGCAAAGGUCGCAUCGGUCCCUGGCUCGGGGUGAAAGAAAACGCGGGCCUGCGGGUGCGGUGCGUGGUCGAGGGCGGUCGACCGCCGCCCUCGUCCUUCGACUGGUGGAUCGAGACGCCGGACGGCGAGCAGGACAGUCUGGCCAACUUUUCCACCGGCAACGAACUGCAGCUGGACAAAAUCAACAGGCAGCUGCACAACUGCACUCUGACCUGCAGUGCUUCCCACGUCGCCCUUCCCGCCCCCAUCAACGCCUCCACCAAACUCAACGUUACUUACAGCCCGUCGUUCGUGAUGAGCCGGUGGCCGGGCUUUGGCUUCCCGCUGUACGAGGGCAUGGCCGUGUCCCUCAAGUGCGACGUCGACUCGAACCCGCCGGCCACACACCGUUGGAUGAAAGACGACGGCGACCCGCCUGUCCCGCAGACCAAGGACGGCUAUCUCAAUUUCACGGCCAUCAGCAGGGAACACAUCGGCUGGUACAAGUGCUCGGCCGAGCACGUGCUGGGAACUUUUGCAUCCAGCGGCUACUAUCUCAACGUCCGAUAUGACGAAAUUUUGACCAAGCAGCCUCCGCGCCAAAUCGAGGUUGCUCUGGGUGGAGGCGUGACUUUGGAGUGCGGGGCGAGCGGGUUGAGCACUUCUGGGCCCAACUGCUGGGGUCGAUUGAGUGGCAACCGACUCGAGGCUGUCGGGGCAGGACCCCAGCUGCGACUGGACAGCGUCUUGUACCAAGAGGCCGGGGCCUACAGGUGCGUCGCCCCGGCCAAACCGGACCCUCUUCUGGUCGAGCGAAAAGCGAUGCUGCCGUCGCCACCAGACAUUGAAGUUGUCGUCACAGGUCAGCCCGUGGUGUACCCGAUCAUGAGGAAUUUGACUGCUGUCGGUGGCAGCCAGUUGUCGCUCUCGGUCGAGUUCUGCGCAAAUCCCGAGGCCACGCACACUUUCUGGCUCACGCAGACCGUCGUCCUCAGACCGGGACAGGAAGGAGGAGGAUACAUCGCCCAAAACGUCACGGAGGGUGACUCGGCGCACUGCAGACGGGCAGCGCUGACCAUCCCCGAGGUGUUGCCAGAACACGCGGGCGAAUACCUGUUCAUCGUACGCAGCCCCCGCGGAAUGGCAGACGGCGCGGUGCGCCUAAACGUGUCCCGCGGCUCGUACACGCCCAAACGCACCUGGUCCAGCCCGGUGGUGAUCGUGGCCGCCGCACCGCCGGCCAGACCAGUGCAGGAAGAGGCGGCCGCGGCCGUCGUUCCUCCGAGAGACGUGCACGACGAGCCGCCUCCGAAGGUGUCCGUCGCCCCCGCCUCCAGUGGAGGCGGCAGAAUCGUCGCCACCUCACUUGUUUUGUUCACGACGAGACUCUUGCAAUUAGUGUGACAAUUUCGAGUGUUUCCAGGUUGUUAAAAUUGUGAAAGAAAAGUGAAAAUGAGAGGAGAAUUUAAUAAUAAAUUAAUCCAGCCGAUGUUUGGUGCCCUCCGGUGUUUGUCCCUCCUUAAAGGGCCUCUCCAGUUACAUAUUUGUUUAUUGUAGAAUUUGCAAAAAGAAAAAAAUAUAUUUGACUCUAAAUCGCGAUAAAAAAACCUUUAUAUUCCUAAGGGUUGAAACGGGCUCAUACAAGUCAAAAAUUUCCCGCCAAACGCAUUUAAACCUUAAGAUUUAAAGUUCUUGGAAUUUGACUAAAUUUUAACAAACAAUCAAAUUCUUUUAGUGGGAAAAGGUGGUUGAGUCUCUGUUUAAACCCUUGAAUUGUGAAAUUUUUUAUCUCAAUUUAUUUGUCAUUAAAUUAUUUACUGUUAGUGGCGUUAUUUUGAAUUCAAGAAUUAAAUCAUCACUGGAGAGGGUCUUUAAUUACUUUCACCUGUCCACAAACUUUCUUGAUUUUCAGCUAUCUCUUGUCUGUAAGAAUUGCAUAAAAAAUAUAAAUUAAUCUUUUCGAGGAUGUAAGACUGUGAUUCUCCUUUAAAAUUAGCGGAGAAAAGUUGGCAAAAAAAUAAUAAUGUGGUUUUCGGGAAUUGUUUUGUUUUAAAAUUGAUCUUCAGCUGAGAUGGAAAAGUAAUAUUUUUGCAAGUAGGAAAGCGAAUAUCCAUCCACGUUACAAAUUUAGCAAUUGUACAGCUACGCGCAACCGAGACGGAAAAAGUGGACGUAUUAGUUUUAAAGGCAGUUACUGGAAAAAUGAACUCUUGACGAUUGGAGCGGGUGUGUUCAGAUCUUGCGGAAAUCAAAUAUGUGUGAAAAUGGAAGGAAAUAAGAACUUUGCGAAAAAAUUAAAUGUUGAACUUCUCUCGAGUGUGUACUAAACAAAUUUAACAAUAAAAUAUGUCUACCGAUGGAGGUUUAAAGAAAGCGUUGUUAUGUGAUAUAUUGAUAAAUUAAGCUACGAAUAUAACAAGCAUAAUAUAUCCCUUGAGUGUAUCUGUUGCACAAACGUGGAUCGAAGCAAAAGUGAGUUGGCUAGAGUUGAGAGUGAUUCGCUAUGAGAAGAGAAAGUCACUUUUUUGAAAAUAUGUGUAGAUCAUUAAGUACAGAUGAAU